AAAAACGUACUAAUGCUCAAUGGUUAUUGCAAUGUCUCGUAUUGCAAAUGAAGAAAAAUUUUUAUUGACAAAUAACUUGCAAAGUUUAUUGUAGUUAAUUACAACUUUUAAAUAUUGUGACAAUGAUUAUAAAUAAUUAAAAUUUUUUUUAAUUAAUAUAUCUAAAUUUUACCACAACGCGAAUUGAAGUAGUUUUUACUUUAGUGAUAAUAAUUAAAUGAUUAGUUAAUUAAAUAAUAAAUUAAGUUAUAAAAUGAGUUUUUCAGUUAAAAAAACAGGUGGUAGAAUGUGGCACGAAGCACGAAAACAAGAAAAAAAAAUUCGUGGUAUGCUUGUUGAUUAUCGGCGACGUGCCGAAAGACGUCGUGAUUACUAUGAAAAAAUUAAAUCAGAUCCAACACAAUUUCUUCAAUUGCAUGGAAGGCCAUGUAAAAUUCAUUUGGAUGCGGCGAUUGCUGCUGCUGGAGAUAGUCCAGCUAAUAUGAUGCCAUGGCAGGGACAUGAUGACAAUUUGAUUGAUAGGUUUGAUGUCAGAGCACAUCUCGACUGGAUACCAGAGCCACCUAACUCUGUUGACAUCGACAUACCGUUAACGAGUGAAGAUAGACAUAUUAACUAUGAGAGAUAUCGUAUAAUUGUCCAGAAUGAGUUUUUAGGGGUUACUGAAGAAAAAUUUUUACAUCAAAUUCAUUUGGAGGAACAAUUUGGCUCGUCAACGAAACCGGAGUUUAUAAAAGAUAAAAAAAAAUCAAGUAAUAACGCUGCUAUUGGUUACAAUUAUGAGACGGAUGAACCAAUACAAGAAACAACUAAACCAGAUUUGAAUUCUGCUGAAGAAAAAGCUGAUGAUGAAGAUAGUGAUAUUGAUUUAGAUAUUUGUGUGGACGUAUCACAAAUCGAACCAUCUCAGGCCCACGAGAUGAAUCAAGUUGCUCAAAAAUAUGGUUUAAUUGGUGCUGACUAUUUUAGCUUUUUAACGCAAGAUUUUGAAGAAGCUGAAUCUUUAAGACAAGCACGUAAACAGGAAGAAGAGAAAGCAAUGUACUCGGGAAGAAGAUCGCGGCGAGAACGUCGAGCGUUUAGAGAAAAAAAAAUGAUUGGACGUGUUAUGAGUCCGCCUAGCUAUGCAGCCCGUGAGAGUCCAGAAUACAACCCCUAUAGGAAAUCAUCAUCUAAAUCACGAUCGCGUUCAAUUUCUCCUCCGAAUACCGGACAGAUUACUUACAUAACUAGUUUUGGCGGCGAAGAAGAAACUCACGGUAGUUCUUCGCAAGUAACAUCGUCGAGUACUAAAAAAAUAAAUUACUCGCAUCUAAGACGGAAAGGAUCAGAUAGUCCGACUUUUAAUCAGAGAACUAUCAGUCGAAGAACCGUCAAGUCUAGAUCAAGAAGUCGUUCGAGAUCUAGAAAUAGAUCUACGCGAUUUUAUAGAUCGCGAGAUAAGCGACCAAGUGUUUCUCGAUCUCGAUCAAGAAGACAAAGAUCUAGACCCAGAAGAAGAACAAGAUCACGAAGUCGUUUACGUCAUGAUCGAAGCAGGCAUCGUAGAAGUUCAAGUGCUUCACGCUCACGAUCUAACUCUAGGUCGCGUUCUCGAUCACGGUCACGUGGACGCAGAUCGAGAACUUCAUCCUCGAGUAAAUACUCAUGCUCAAGAUCAAAAUCCAAGUCACACUCUCGUUCACCAGGUAAUCACCGUAAAGUAAGGCAUUCUAAGUCAAAGUCGAGGUCAAGAUCAAGAACAAAAUCACCAGUAAGAUCUAGAUCAAGAUCCAAGAGCCGUAAUAGUGUAGGUAAAAGAUCUAAAAGUGUGGAGAAUAAAACGUCUACAUUGCCAAGGUACUAUGGUCGUCGUGGAAAGUCUUCUAGUUUAGAACUCGAACUAUCAGAUAAUGAAGAUAAAAAUUCACAUAAUGCGACAAUAAAACCUCCAAGUAUUAACACAAACACAAACAAGCCAAAAGCAGGGCUAAGUACAAAUUCUGGUGGCGGACACAAAUCGGUGAAAAUUACACCUCAGGAGCGGCUUAAGAAAAAAAUGCAAACUCUACUAAAUCGUCAAUUUAGAGCAGAUAAAAAAGCCGAGCAAGCACGAAUUGAAAAAAUGGAACAACAACGACAGGAUCGCGAAGAUGAAAUUAGAGAAAUGUCUUUGAAGCUUCGUAGAAAACAAAGAGAAAGAAGACAUCGUUACGAAGGCCAUAGUACUGAUUCACGAUCUUCUAUUUCUCGAUCACCAAGCCCUGGUCGUAGUCCUAGACAUUCAUCUAGCCGUCGCGAUCGAAGAGAUCGCGAUUCACGUGACGUAAAAAAUGAUGUUGACAGAGAAAGAGAACGAGAUCGAGAUAGAGACAGAGAUAGGGAUAGAGAUCGAGACCGAGACCGAGAUCGAGAUCGAGAUUCUAGUAGGCGUGAUAGAGAUUCUAGUAGACAGGAAUCAAGAAGACGUUACCGAGAUGGUUCACCGCGUUCUUUAAGUCCGCGUAGUAGUCGAGGCUUGGUCGAUUAUUAACGUUGUAGACAAAGUGCACAAUCUUCCAUCCAAUUAUAACUAUAAAUAAAAUGAAAUAAUAUUAAUUAUAAUUAUAAUUAUAUAACGAAUUAGCUAGACUUUUAAAAUUUUUAAAUUAAUAUUCGUCUUCUCUAAUAAAUGUUAUUAAUAAUAUAUAUCAGCGAAGUGUUUUUCGCAUUUCGUUACACGUCUGUGGUGAUUGUUAUUUUAUUAUUUCCGCAACGUUUAAA